CCCUAAUGUUAUAUGGACUAGUUAAUGGUUACGGAGGACAGGCCCGGGCCGUGGUUGGGCCAGUGGCAUAGGAAUAGCCCUGUCCCCUCUGCAGCUGGCUGAUACAUGUAGGCUACGCCAUGCUUCCACCGUUCUGUCUGCUGAGCCAUCGACCAAGCGCGUGGCAGUCAACCGUCAAUUGCUGAUUACCGGGUGCCAACCUCCAGAAAAUCCAUCUCAGUAACGCUUGGUUGUUUUUGAAAUACAUCACACAACCCACGACAUGGCCGAGUAUCUGAAUCGGUACGCCCAUCUGAUCCGCUAUGCAGACUUGGCUUACAGGAAUUCUGAUGGCGCCGAGUUCCGGGCUCUGGCGUGGGAACUGGGCUGCAAUGAUGUUGAAGGAGGGCAUCGCAAGAUCGAGAUUCAAUUGCCGAGCUUCCGCUCCGCGCUCAGAUUUCUCACCGUCAAUACCCAUGUACAUCUGGGACAGAAUGACGAUACACUCGUCCUCGUGUUCAGAGGCACCGACUGGCCCUCGGCCAUGAUCGACUUCUUCAACCCACAGAAAAUCAAGUGGCCCAACGCAGACAUUACCUGCGUCACUCUCGGAUCGCCCCGCGUCGGCAAUGAGGCUUUUGGCAGCCUUUUUAAGGACACCAAGACCUUCCGCAUCAUGAUGGACGCCGACCCGAUCCCCACCGUCCCGGACCGACGCACCCAGGCUAUACCGACCGUAAUCCCGGCCAGCCACCAGCGCGGAAUGCCGCCCGCCGACCGGAGGUACCGCCAUGUUGGCACUCCAAUCGUGCUGCGGACGCGCUACCGCGAAGCCGAUUAUGGGGUCGAGCGUCGCGAUGUCGAAAGAGAGGAAGCCGAACCUGAGCUCGGCUGGAUCGACUGGUUGUGGAUUCUUGUUUAUUGGCCUAUAAGAAUUCUGGAGAUGCUGUCGGAGAUGCGAAGGAGUCACGCGUCUGGCGCGUACGUGACGGCCGUACAGCGGAUCAAGGAGAAGGCGGGCAGCAAGGCAUUGAAGGCAGAUGGUGCGUCCCAGAUCUGGUCCCCCACUUUUUUCCAUAAUGGACCUCUCAGGCUAAGAGUGACGCUAGGGGUCCGAAAAUCGUCGAGGGAUGGGGAAUGA